GCGCCGGCUCCAGUCAGGGAAGAACUCCUCUUGCCACCGUCGAGGAAUAGUUCCACGACAAGGAGCCGCGAUCGGCUGAGUUUUUCCAGAACAAACUGCUCGACGAAGAAAUCCACUACAAAAAAGGAGAACAGACAUCAACUGGACAAUCGGCUGAUAUCCUACGACAGCCGGCGAAGCAGCUCCGCGCGGAGUUCGUCCGCAGCGAGCCGGAUUUCCGUGGUGUCUUCCUCAAGAGCGAGUUAUUGUGACGUGAACAACAGUCGGAGCAGCAGGAUUUUCGACGAGGUAGAGGACGACGAGGAUAUCGGCGCAGGGAAGAAUUGUUCCAAUGGUUUUAGUUCAGCCGGUGCUGGGCAGGGGCAGCGUCCAAAUACAGGAGCGCAACAGCGCAGAUCCAGUAUCAAAUGUAAAAGUGUCUGGGUCUGGAAGAGUCAAUGUUUGUCAUGCGUGUCUGGCAUGACUCUCAAGUCUGUCAUGCACGUUACCCAAGAGCGCCACUUUUCUGUCAUGCAGAAACGCAGUUUGUCAUGCAGAAUAGGCAACACCUAGAAGCUCAGAAACUUCUCAUGCUGAGCCAGCACUUGUGGCUGCCUCAUGAUAUGCCACCCAGCAUCACAAGUUUCCAGACCCAGACAUUUUUACAUUUGGUAUCCAGGACAAAUCAACCAUUUCUCCUCCCACCUUCCUCCGCCCGCUCCAGCAGGAUGAGCUUAUCGCGGUGCUCGUCACGAAGUAACAGUGCGUCCGUGACGAGGGAGAAUGGUCAUAAAAUCGAUGUUGAGCCUGCUGUAGUUGCUUCAAGUUGCACAGGGAGUCGUAAACAGGACAAUACAUCAUCGGCGUCCUCGCGACGAGAGGUAGAAGUUGCGGCCUACACCGGGAGAAUUGGGGGUGACGAAGUAGUACAAUCGGGACGACGAGUAUGCAAGAAGAAAACUGUGUAACUGUAACUUUGUCUUGCAGAUGUUGCAAUACAGUUACACUUGUCAUGCCGGAUAUGCAUCAGAGGCUAUUUUACUACGUGUUUUAGCGUACUAGCUACGCAUGACAAGUUUUCUGUCAUGCAACACAAAUCUGUAAUGCUGUUCCUGCAAAAUACUUACACUUACACCGUUUUUUUCUUGGAUAACGAGUAAGAGCGGACAAGAGGAGAAACGCCUUCGAGGAAGCAUCCUCUCCUUCCCCCGACGCUUCGCCCGAAAUAGAAGUCGAGAUUGAAGAUGAUGAAGAUAAUUGUCAGAGCGACGACAUAGACAUUUACCCGCGACCAGUGAAGAGACAAUCGACCGUGGACUUAUUUGCGAGGCAGAGCACGAUCGACUUUCCGUUUGAAAAUGUAGAGUUAGAUGACAUCGUGGAGGAACACAGAGAUGAACGACCAGAGGAAAGACAGCCUAUCUCACCCGAGCACGCCGGAGUCGAGACAAGAAGGCAAGGUGUCAACACAGCGAAUUUAUGUUUAUCAUCCACAGCAGGGAAGAAAGGAGAAAGACAUCUACAACAGUUCGCGGUCGCGGAAGAUGUUGAACAACAGCAAAUACAAUACGAUGAAGAUGAAGUCGCAGAUAGCAGCAGCCCAGGACAACUGCUCCUUUUGUCCACCGACCACCGGUCUUCGCCCGAAUUCCGCGAUUUGAGGUUCCUUCACGAGGAAGCAGAUGAAAUGCACCAGAGAACAAGUGGUCUCAACAACAUCCUUCCCGGCUCCGCCGAAGAUAGUUCGCACGAGGAAUCCUGUUCCCACACGAUCGCGGAGUCCGAGCCGAAUUGCGACUACAAGAACGUGAUCCACCCCUCGGAUAUUCAGUAUGACAACUCCAACGGAAACGCGCAUCUCGGGCACGGGGCGAGCGGGUCGGUGAUGAAGGCGAUCCACGGGCCGACGAAGACCCCCGUGGCGGUGAAGAUCAUCAACGCCAUGGAUCACAGUAGUCAACAACAGCUGGUGAAUGAUUUGAACUUACAUCUCCACAUGUCCGACGCGCACAGCCCGUUCCUGGUCCAGCUGCUGGCCGCGUAUUUGGUGGAUGAAACGAAAAACAUAUCAAAUGCAAAAAUGUCUGGGUCUGGAAGAGUCCGAACUUGUGACGCUGCAUUUGGAUUCCAAAAAAAUCUGUACUGCAUGACCAGCAAAGGGAAUGCAAUUUUGGCUACGCGGAGGAGGCAUUUGUCAUGCGGAAUAGGCAUCGCGAAGCCCUCGAAAAGUCUGUGAUGCUACGGCAUGCAUUACAGACAUCAUGGCACAUGCAAAACGUGCAUGACAAGUCUCAGGAUCUUCCAGACCCAGACAUUUUUGCAAUGCAUAAAACAGGAAGCAGGUGCACAUCGUGUUAGAGUACAUGGAUUUGGGCAGCAUCGCGGACCUGUUCCGACACUCGGACUACUACUGCAGGAACAUGUACAACUACAACGACUAUGGUUCUUUAUCAAGUUCAUCUUCUUCAUCAUCCUCGUCUUCGCAAAGAAACAAGGUGAAUAUGAAGAAGAGGAGAAAGCGGAUCCCCGAAGCGAUUCUGGCGUUCUUAAUCUUGCAGAUGACCGAAGCGCUGAAGACACUCCACUUAAACGACAUACUGCACCGCGAUAUAAAAUUGGAAAAUAUCCUCGUAAACAGUCGGGGGGAGGUGAAACUGACCGAUUUCGGGGUGUCAAAAAAGCUCAACGUCGACAACCCGGACGGCCACUGCCGCACUUUUGUCGGGACGAAGGUGUGCAUGGCCCCGGAGCGGUUCGGGCGGGGCGGGAGGAGAUACGGGAAACCAAGCGACAUCUGGUCGCUGGGCAUUUGUGUCUACGAGCUGGCUGCGGGGGAACUGCCGAAAACGUUUGGCGGCGGAGGUGGAAACAAUUACAAUGGGAACAGUAGCAGGUGUAGCUCUCAUAACGGCGGUGGGGGAGGUGGUGGGGGAAACAGAGCGAUGGGCGUGAACUUCGAUUACGUGAACCUACUGCAGCCGCCGAGAUUAGUGAACGACGAAGUCUUUCAUCUUGAGAGCUUUACGCCCGAUGUUCUUGAGCAGUCUGCGGAGCUUUCGUUGCAGGAAGAUGUUGAAAAUAUUGAUUUCGACAAAAAACUCGCAGUAGAUGUUGCACGACCCGAAAGCACGAAAAGCGCAAACCAGAGAGUAUCAAACAGAGGGCCGCCAUCAUCUAUCUCCAGAAGCAGCAGCAGCAACAGUUGCAAGAGCUUGGGAGCAGUAGAGGCAGAACAGCAGGAGCGACGAGAAACGCACGACCAUUCUUUUCAACAACAACCUUCCCAAAAAUCCCUGUGCCGCGGACACCAGCAGAGGGAAAUACUAAAAAAUCAACUCUGCGAAACGCCGAACUUCAACAUGCAGGGAAUUACCGAGGUGGAACAAAUUUCGGCGGACAACGUAAAAAUCGAGAGAAGUUCGAGCUCCUCUGUGGACACCCCAGUUUUGUUCGAUCAGGACGAUUUUUACAACCAGGAAAAUUUAAACGGUUUGAAUUCCUGCAUCUCCAUGGUCAGCUCCGAAGCUAGCUGUUUGCUUCCGCACAAGUUGAAACUAGACAGCAGUUUUGUCGGAGGGAUAGCGGGUGGUGCAUCAAUAGGCGGGAUGAGUUGUAACACUGCUGGUGGGCGAGGAUCUUCAGCUGGGAUGUUUUGUGUCACACCAACAGUGGAGGAAGAAAGCACAAAAAUGCUGGGAACAACGACAGAAAUGAAUUCGCAAAACGAGCAGAGCACUUGUGUCUACACGCCUUUUACCCCUGCAGCCUGCUCAACAGUGAAGACCGAGCAUUUUUGCAUGAAAAAUAACUACUUCCAUGCAGCAGGGGGGAUUCUGUAUCUCCCAAAUCCCACUCCUACAACCUCACAACUCGGGGUGGACAAUAAUAGUAGUGUGAAUCAAGCCGAAAGCUGCACAACGACGCAGUUCAACGGUAACAACAAGCACAACUACUUGUUGAAUCUGGACAAAACCUGCAGCACCGUGAUGCCCACGCCUUGCUCCACAUCGACCUGUCAAACACGCCCUGGGUCGAAGUUGUCCGCUUGGGCAGGAAGUGCAGCACCUACUGCGAGCUGCAGAGCUGUUAGCAACAAUUCGAAGCAGUCUAUUCUGAGUAAAAACGUACCCACACCAGAGUCAGGAUGGGGAUUUUGCAACACAAACCUAGGAGCUUUGUGAGUCACGCAUGACAAGUUGCACUCCGCAGUGUAGUGCAGGUUAGCAAGUGCAGCCGCGUCACAAAUCCAGCUGCUCAUCCUGUUCACAGCAUCACAAAUUCCAAAACACGACUGGAAAUGGCUCUCAUGAGGAUGCGCAUUACAAGUCUUCCUGUCUAUGCAAAUCUGCAUUACAACUCUGGUGUGGGGACGUUUUUACUCAGGAUACAGUCGGUGGAAAAUAACUCGUCGACCUCGCAGAACGAUGAAACUGGGAGUAGUAGUUUCGGUCAGGACAAGGAAAUCACGGAGAAAAGCACUAAAUCAGACCUUUCCUGCGAAGAAGACAGUAAGAGCAGAAUUCUAUCAGCUUCGUCACACAUGGUUGUAUCGCCGAUACAGGAACAUCAAAAAGGUGUGCAUCUUGUGCAACGAAAAAAUCCAGGACAACGAUCAGAAGCGAAAAAACGACAAAACAAAGAACAGUACGAGUACAGUUUUGAGCUUUGCGACUUUGUGGAAAACUGCUUGCAGCUCGACCCCAAGGACCGGCUGGACAUCUUCGAACUCCAAGCCCACCCGUUUCUGCUCAAAGCGUUUCAAACGACACAGGACGAGGUGGCACAAUUUCUGCAGGAUAUGAACAAUUAGCUAGUAGAAGAAAGAGCAGGAGCAAUCUAAGAGGCCUAGUUGAUAUUUUCGAACUAGAAACGUAAAUAGAGCAAGAGAAGACGAUUGCCCGCCGGUUUUUUUAAUCUCAUCCAUUUUAGGUUACACUUCUUUUCACACUUUUACACUUGACGCUAUUACACUUUUACCAGCAAGCCACACCUACAACAAUAAUUAUUCCUACCCCUACUAUAGCAAUCUUUUAUCUACCCGUCAUUUAUUUCAUCCAUUAUUACCAACUUGAACACACUACAACAAAAGCCAAAGCACAUAGCAGCUUGUUCUGCACAGCUGUGCCACGACAUUCACACAUUUUUUUUCACCACACCUUGUGUACAUAAAAUUUUUGUAAUUUAGGAGUUGUUAAUGCACAUUUUAUUUUCUUGUUUUUGUUUUUUCAUUUUUUAUUUUUUUCUUCACCCACUAUGGACAAUUGUCGCAGGAGCUUCCGUGAUAUGUUGCGCUUCUUUUUUCAUACUUCGUUCCAACGUCUUCAACGUUUGGACAGUGCUUGAAUGAAGCAAAACAUUUGAAUUUGAGAUGACACUUGGAACUUCUUCUCGACAUGCUGUCUGUAAUUGGUUUUUUCCACCACAUUCCAAUCUUGAAGUUGUACAAACUAAGACUGCGCUGCCCUGCUUGUGCAUCAUGUAGAGGUGCCAGCGGU